UCUCGCUAGUUCGAUCGGUAGCGGGAGCGGAGAGCGGACCCCAGAGAGCCCUGAGCAGCCCCACCGCCGCCGCCGGCCUAGUUACCAUCACACCCCGGGAGGAGCCGCAGCUGCCGCAGCCGGCCCCAGUCACCAUCACCGCAACCAUGAGCAGCGAGGCCGAGACCCAGCAGCCGCCCGCCGCCCCCCCCGCCGCCCCCGCCCUCAGCGCCGCCGAAACCAAGCCCGGCACCACGGGCAGCGGCGCAGGGAGCGGUGGCCCGGGCGGCCUCACAUCGGCGGCGCCCGCCGGCGGGGACAAGAAGGUCAUCGCAACGAAGGUUUUGGGAACAGUAAAAUGGUUCAAUGUAAGGAACGGAUAUGGUUUCAUCAACAGGAAUGACACCAAGGAAGACGUAUUUGUACACCAGACUGCCAUAAAGAAGAAUAACCCCAGGAAGUACCUUCGCAGUGUAGGAGAUGGAGAGACUGUGGAGUUUGAUGUUGUUGAAGGAGAAAAGGGUGCGGAGGCAGCAAAUGUUACAGGUCCUGGUGGAGUUCCAGUGCAAGGCAGUAAAUAUGCAGCAGACCGUAACCAUUAUAGACGCUACCCACGUCGUAGGGGUCCUCCACGCAAUUACCAGCAGAAUUACCAGAACAGUGAGAGUGGGGAAAAGAAUGAGGGGUCGGAGAGCGCUCCCGAAGGCCAGGCCCAACAACGCCGGCCCUACCGCAGGCGAAGGUUCCCACCUUACUACAUGCGGAGACCCUAUGGGCGUCGACCACAGUAUUCCAACCCUCCUGUGCAGGGAGAAGUGAUGGAAGGUGCUGACAACCAGGGUGCAGGAGAACAAGGUAGACCAGUGAGACAGAAUAUGUAUCGGGGUUAUAGACCACGAUUCCGCAGGAAGGAAGCCGGUUCUGCCAUUCUUCAGUUGUACGAUGUUCAUUCCAGAGGUCCUCCUCGCCAAAGACAGCCUAGAGAGGACGGCAAUGAAGAAGAUAAGGAAAACCAAGGAGAUGAGACCCAGGGUCAGCAGCCACCUCAGCGUCGGUACCGCCGCAACUUCAAUUACCGACGCAGACGCCCAGAUAACCCUAAACCACAAGAUGGCAAAGAGACAAAAGCAGCCGAUCCACCAGCUGAGAAUUCGUCCGCUCCCGAGGCUGAGCAGGGCGGGGCUGAGUAAAUGCCGGCUUAACAUCUCUACCAUCAUCCGGUUUAGUCAUCCAACAAGAAGAAAUGAAUAUGAAAUUCCAGCAAUAAGAAAUGAACAAAAGAUUGGAGCUGAAGACCUUAAGUGCUUGCUUUUUGCCCGUUGACCAGAUUACUAGAACUAUCUGCAUUAUCUAUGCAGCAUGGGGUUUUUA